AUGGCCACCUCAGCACCUCACUCGCCUGCUCAUCGAGAUGGCAACUCUUAUUUCGACACUCCCAGCGAUCGACCAUCGCCUUCUAAGCUGCUCCGAAUUCAUCAACUGAACAUGGACAGAGCGUCAUCCCUCCCUCCCCGACGACUUUCUUCUCCCGCGAAGAGGGUUCCACACAUCCGGCCCCGCUUGAAUCAGUAUUACACGCUGGAUCAUGCCGUCUCACUCUUCAAAUCCUCGAAGAACAUCAUCGUCUUGACGGGCGCUGGUAUUUCCACUUCACUAGGGGUACCCGACUUUCGCUCUGCUAAUGGCGUCUACAACCUGCUCGUCGAUUCGGUAUAUGACGAUCCACAGGAACUUUUUCACAUUGACAAUUUCAAAGCCGACCCCGAAGAGUUUUUCAAACAGGCCGCAAAAGUGUUUCCCAAGAUGCAGGGCCUCGUGCCCGCUGACAGGCCUGGGGAUUCAAGUCGGUCAGCCAGCGACAUUUAUGCUCCCCUAGUUCCGAAAUACAGUCUAACGCACGCCUUCAUCUCUAUGUUGCAAUCGAAAGGGAAGCUGUUGACCAAUUACACACAAAACAUCGACGGACUCGAGAUUGCUGCGGGCGUCUCUCCCUCGAAAUUGAUUCAAUGCCAUGGCACAUUGGCAACUGCCACCUGCAUGAGCUGUGGGAAACGGACGACAGCCAGGAAGUACAUGCCUGUUGUGCGGGCGGGAGGGGUACCCUAUUGUAAAUGCACCUUGGCUGACGGGGGUCCGAAACCCAGAACGAGCAGCAAGCACCGCGGGCGCAGCGGCAAAAAGAAACGGAAGAGGGACGAAUUCGAAGAUACGGACUCGGAAGACUCGGCGGCGAAAAAUGAUUUUCCCAAGGGCCUGCUCAAACCAGACAUGACUUUCUUCGGCGAGGAUAUCGCGGAUUCUUACGCUCCUCGACUGAGGAUCGACAAAACCAAGGUAGACCUGCUCGUCAUCGUUGGCACGUCUCUGAAAGUCGAGCCGGUGAACGAAAUGCUCCUCAACAUCCCGGCAACGGUGCCACAGAUAUGGAUAAGUAAGGACCGUUGCCAGCGUGAAGGGGUCAAGGUUGACAUUGAACUAUUGGGCGAGUGUGACUUGAUCUUGGAAGAAAUCGCCCGUCGAGCAGGCUGGGAAGAAGCGCUGAAAGAGAGGCUGUGGUCCAUUGAAAAGCCCUUGAAUACAAAGGAUCUACCCACCAAAAAGCCGAAUAUCAGUACAGAGCGACGCAGACAUGAACAGGACAAUGCCAGUCGGUCACCAGUGAAAACCGAUGGAUCUCUCCAGAUGCGCCCGAAAGCGAAUGAAACGGCUAGCCCCAAGGCACCACCCCCCGGGGACAUUGUCAUCAAAGUAAAUGACGAAGAGAUCAGUACGUCCGCCGAGACAGAUGUCGAACAGCAGAAUCCAAAAUUGAACGAAAACGGUGACAGCCACGCCAACGGCCACGCCGACGUCGUCGAUCAGAACAAAAGCACGUCGAAAUGCAGCAACGGUACCACGCACGAACGUGGCAUUGUAGGGGCGAAAUCCAAAACACGGUCUCCAUCACUAUCAAACGUCAUUGUGGAGCUUGAAGAAGGAACAAGGUCGAGAUGGUACAUCAGACGCGCAAAGUGA